AUGAGGACGUGUGUGGGUGGCUCUGAAAGUGUGUGUGGCUGGUUAUUGGCAGUGCAGAAGGUGUUGUGUGACUAUGAUUUUGGCAAGUUUCCAGAUACUGAGAAGGUAGCAUUGUUACGAGUGAAGACGUUGAGAAAUAUGUGGAAAAGCAAUCGGUUCCUUACGACUGCUGGUGUUGUUCCGAACAUAAGCUUUCUGUGCGAGGUCAUGACUGUUGGUCAGCUUCGGGAAGCGGGCGCAAGUUGCAGUGCUUCAAUGCCGGAAAUAAGGGGUGGCCGAGUGGGGCGAGCGCCGAAGGAACCGGUGUCCGACAUCGUCUAUGAUCGCCAACACAUGCGGCACGUAGACGCAAGCGAACUGCCAAAUACCUCCUACCGACGCGCUCGCUGGUACGCGUGUGACGGCUGCGUACGUGUCUUCAACCUCCUCCCUUUGCACCAUUAUGACCCUCGCUAUGACCGAGUUCUCAAAGGCCACUUCACUGAAACCUUCCGACCUAACGACCUACUCGUCGCUCUCAGACUGGAAAACACAUUUUUGCCCGGACUUGGGUCUGAAGGACUUAUUGGAUCCACUUAG